CCAACAAAGGCAGGAGGAAAAGUAUGUGGAGAAGUGCUUUCUCUUCAGGCAGUAAAUCACCCAGAUGCAAGCUGACUCCUGAAGUCAACUUUUCACGGGCAUUAUAGUCAUUGAGACCAGAAAUCACCCUCAAGGACACUGGACCCAUGCCUCAGGGAAGAACACUGGCCGUAUGCACUCUCUCAUACAGACCCCAGGAUUCUCCCUCAGCCAGCAGGUUUCCGACUGUUGGCGCUGGUGGUGGCCGAGCUGCCCUCUGCACAAAGAGGCAACGUACACUUCAUUAUUGAGACAUACAUAACCACAACCAAACACCAAAAAGCACUCUCCCCAAAAAACAUAACCACAAAUCACUCAGCAACCUGAAAAGGCAGAACUUUGAAGGCAAGUGUGGAAGGAUCAACUAAAGCAUACUGCACAAAUGACACCGCCUUUAAUUUGCAGUCUCAGCCCCGACACUCGAGGGAGCUGGCGGCAGCACCUCAAUCUCGCCUUUCCCGCUGCCUUCACGGUGCCGACAAAAACCACCACGCCUCGUACGGCGCCCUUGGAGCCCGCACUGCCGCCCCGGAACGCAGCCGUCGUGGGGAAGAAGCGGGGGCAGCCCCGCUAAGGGACGUUCGGCGGCGCGACCGUUAACCGGCCGGCGGCGACCGAGCCCGCCUGGCACGCGGCUGUGGCACGCGGCUGUGGCGCGAGGCGCCGCGCGCAGGCCGGGCCCGCCCGCCGCUGAGGGGAGCGGCGCCGGGAGCCCGUUGGGGAGCGGGGACGCUGCCCGGGGAGGCGGUUAGAGGUGGGCUGGGGCUGCCCUGCGAUCCCUCGGCACAAAGGCAGGCGGGAGGGGCUGGCGAGCGGCGAGUGUGAUGCUACAAAAUGUUAAAGGAACCUAAAAAGUUAAUUGGUAAAUCCCUUCAGCCAGCACGACCUGUGCAUCAUCUGUCUCCUAAACAAGCCAUUCCGUUAAACUUUGAGACUGAAUUACCUAGCGACAGUGAAGUAUGUUUGCAGCGUAAGGUUGACUGGUUAUCUGAAAUGACUGAAGUGAAGAUCUUAACUCAAACUAUGAUGCCCUGUCAACCAAACCAGCAUGAAUCAGAAGCAAAAAAAGAAAGGAUCAAAUACAGCAGAGACUUCCUUCUGAAACUUUCAAGUGUUUCUCUCUCUCAGAAGAAGCCAGAGUUUCUUCCUGAUCAUCCAAUUGUACUUGAAAAGCCAGAAAAGAGCAACCCUUUUAUGGACAUAGGCAAGAAGUGACAGGUUGUUUGGAAGAUAAGAAAUCCAUCAAUGAAGGAGCUACAUAUGAUGCAGAUCUCUGAUAUUUUUGAAGGUACUUGGGUACCUACAGGUCAAAGUCGGACCCCAUGAAACUUACCGAAGUGCCUGUUUCUUCCUGUAAUUGCCUGAGUGCUUUAAAAGUCAAACCUUUAAUUUGUAAUGCCUGAGAUGGUAAUACAAUGACAGUGAAAAUAAAUAAUACUACAUUUUGCUGUGACAGAA